CGGCGCGGCGCGGAGAAAGCACGGCGCGUGCGCGGAGGGGUCCGCGCGGCCACUGGCUCCUAAAAGGAAAAACGCGUGUGCGGGUCUCGACGUGCCGCGAAUCUUCGAACGCAAGCGCGUUAUCAGCUCCAGAAUUUGAGAAAGGGGUCGAGGGGCACGCCUGCGCCUGCCGUCGUAACUGCGAGUGCGCCGUGCCCGUUCCGCCGGUGGCUGGUCAGAUUUUUAUUUGACAGAGAGAGAGGGAACACAAGCAGGGGGAGUGGAAGAGGGAGAAGCAGGCGCCUCGCGGAGCGGGGAGCCGAACGCAGGGACCCCGGGAUCAUGACCUGAGGCGAAGGCAGGCACUUCAGGACUGAGCCACCCAGACGCCCACUGUUGUCUAUUUCUCAUGCCUGUCGCAGAGUAGGCACCCCAGACACAAUGGCCCUGGUGUCUGCUGAUUCCCGCAUCGCAGAACUUCUCACGGAGCUCCAUCAACUGAUCAAACAAACCCAGGAGGAGCGUUCGCGGAGUGAGCAUAACUUAGUGAACAUCCAGAAGACCCAUGAGCGGAUGCAGACAGAGAACAAGAUCUCUCCCUAUUACCGGACAAAGCUACGUGGGCUGUACACGACCGCCAAGGCUGACGCUGAGGCUGAGUGCAACAUCCUCCGGAAAGCUCUAGAUAAGAUAGCGGAAAUCAAGUCUCUGUUGGAAGAAAGGCGGAUUGCGGCCAAGAUCGCGGGCCUGUACAACGACUCGGAGCCCCCUCGGAAGACCAUGCGCCGGGGGGUGCUGAUGACCCUGCUGCAGCAGUCGGCCAUGACCCUGCCCCUGUGGAUCGGGAAGCCUGGUGACAAGCCCCCACCCCUCUGUGGGGCCAUUCCAGCCUCUGGGGACUACGUGGCCAAGCCCGGAGACAAGGUGGCCGCCCGGGUAAAGGCCGUGGAUGGGGAUGAGCAGUGGAUCCUGGCGGAGGUGGUCAGUUACAGCCAUGCCACCAACAAAUACGAGGUGGAUGACAUCGACGAGGAAGGCAAAGAGAGACACACGCUGAGCCGACGGCGUAUCAUCCCGCUGCCCCAGUGGAAAGCCAACCCGGAGACGGACCCCGAGGCCUUGUUUCAGAAGGAACAGCUUGUGCUGGCCCUGUACCCCCAGACCACCUGCUUCUACCGUGCCCUGAUCCAUACGCCCCCACAGCGGCCCCAGGAUGACUAUUCAGUCCUGUUUGAAGACACGUCCUAUGCAGACGGUUACUCCCCUCCCCUCAAUGUGGCCCAGAGGUACGUGGUGGCUUGUAAGGAGCCCAAGAAGAAGUGAAGCCGGCCGGCAGACUCGCGCUCUCCUGCCACCCUCGCAGGGGAACACGGCAGCAGAUUUCGUGGCAAAUAAAUAUUGCUCCCCUUUG